GCCAGUCAGUACGGUUCGAGCCGUCUGCGCGACCGGGUUAAAAUCGAAUUCUCAACUCACUUUGGAGCUCUUCGUCGUGUCGUUCGCCGUGUUCGCCUGGAGCGAGGCGAGUUUUAUCUCGAGAACGAACGAAACCGAACAAAAUAAAAACUCGCGAGCGAACGUUGGAUUAACGAGUGGAUUAGUGAUUUUUUGAUUUGUGUUUGGUGCUAUCUGUGUGUUAAAAUUUCACUAGUCGAAGCUGCCAUCAGUGACGAAGAAGACUAAGAUUAUUGUGUGUAAAGUGUGUCCCUCCUCGGGGUCUGCCCCCUCUGCCAUUUGGCGCAGAUUCCUGUGGACCGCAAAGUCGCGAUCGAACCGUGGAUUACUCAACUCUCGAAUAUAAUAGUGCAGCAAUAAUUGAAUGAUCUCCUGCCGGCCGGACGUCGCCAGACGUGGCGCCACCACCAUGUGGCCGGAUUGGACCUGAAGUGCGCGGCCACUGCCUGUAUGACCCCAUUUGUCCCCUCCCGAAAAAGAAAAACAGAGAUCCCCCUCGAAAAGGCGCAAAACACUGGCCACGAGCCGUUGCAAUCCGUGUGAUUUAUGAACAAAAAAGAAGAACAACAAGAAGUGAUCACAACGCGGAUUGGUUCGUGCAGUUUGAGAAAAAAAAGAAGAAGAUAUUCGCAAACGCCUGUUUGUUUUGCCAAGUAAUUGAUUUAUUUUUCGCUCUGGUGUUUAAUUAGGCAUUAUCGUUCUAUAUUUGGGGUGGAUGAAAAAAUAAAAAAAACCGCACCACAAAGGAAUAUAAAAACCGAUAGUACGUUCGAAACCAGAAGGAAGAAACCCACAGUCACCGACGGUGACAAAGUUUUGGAAACGAAAAAAAAAGUGCAGUGCAGUGGCACGUUUGUACCGCAAAGUGUGGUUUAAGUGAGUCAGUUUAGUGCAUCGAGUUACCCAGUGAUUGAGCCGGAAGCUCCCUAGGUCCCCACAAAUCUAACAGUCGUGACAACUUCCAUGUGAGGAAUCAACCAUUGAAGAUUUCCAAACAGACACGAUUGGCUAGAAACCAGAAGAGCCAUGACGAACGACAGCAACGGCACCACCGUCACCACGGGUAAAUCGGCCAAAAUGGACUCCCGGAUCGGGCUGGAGUACAUCGUGGAGAACAGCGACUACGUCAACAAGCUGGGUCUCGCCCUGGACACGAGCAACGCGACCGUCAAGAAGCAAGUGUUUGAACUGCUGUCCGCACUCUGCGCCUACAGCUCCAACGGGUACAAACGGGCCAUCGAAACGCUCGAGUACUACAAGAACAUCAAAGGCGAACGGUACAGGCUCAACCUGGUCAUCGUGGAGCUGGACAAAGCCCCCUCCGUGGAGUACCAGAUCGCACUGCUGGCGUUCAUCAACUGUGUGAUAAUAUCGGCGGCCACACUGCAGGAUCGGAUACGAAUGCGAAAUGAGUUUAUAGGUUUAAAUUUACUGCCAGUAUUAAACAAUCUCAGGCGAAUCGCCAGUAACGUGCCGGACAUCGGAGUGCAAAUUGACGUGUUUGACGAGCAGCGAGAAUGCGACGAAUCGCAGAGCCUGCAAGGGCCGGACGGAAUAAAUUUAAACUCACAUCUUGAUGUCUUCUACGCGAUUCUGCGACAGGUCGCCGGCACUCCGCAGGAGAUUCCCUUUCUCAGCAUCCUGCAGCAUCUGCUCCAGAUCGAUCCGAAGGAACCGAUCAGCGACAUCGUGUGGGACACGGCCGAAACGCUAGUGCACCGCGCCACCCUGCUCGAGGAUAAGGAAGCGUCCGUGCGGCUGCUGCGUUCGCCCAGCAUACAAAAGUUUGCCUGUCCGCACUGUCGGAGCGACAUCACCAGCCCAACCCGGAGGCAGUCCGUUGGUGCGCCCCUCACACCCGGACCGGCCGCCACCGGCAGUAGUCACACGACGGCGACGACGAUUCCGGCAGCACCAGCACCACCUCCGCCGCCUCCACCACCCAACUUGGCACCGCCUCCCCCACCACCACCACCCUGUGCACCCCCGCCUCCACCCCCACUCAUGGCUGGUGGCCCGGCAGCCUCCCGCGGCGGAGGGCCACCCGUUCCACCCGCACCCCCCGCCCCAAACCUCCUCUCCGUCAAGGCCAAUGAACUCGCCCGGCCAAAAACGCCCGAAGCCCCAGUCGAGGUCAUCAAACCGCUGCCCCAGCAAGAGACCCCAGUCCCCCGAGCUAAAAUGAAGACCAUCAACUGGAACAAAAUCCCGCACCAAAAAGUCUUCGGCAAACCCAACAUCUGGUCCAUCGUGGCCGACUCCCACCAGGACAGCCCGAUGGCCGACCUCAACUGGGACGAAAUGGAGGGCCUGUUCUGCCUGCAGCAAACCCAAGGUUCCCCCAAACUCGGCCGGGAAAACAGCGGCUCCGACAACACGCUCGAACGAAAAUCACGCAAAGAUAACGAAAUCACCCUGCUCGACGGCAAGCGCAGCCUCAACGUCAACAUCUUCCUGAAGCAGUUCCGCACCUCGAACGAGGACAUCAUCCAGCUGAUCCGGAACGGCGAACACGAGGACAUUGGCGCCGAGAAGCUGCGCGGCCUGCUCAAGAUCCUGCCCGAGGUCGACGAGCUCGAGAUGCUCAAAGCGUUUGACGGCGACAAUAAUAGACUAGGAAACGCGGAAAAGUUUCUGCUGCAAUUGAUACAAGUGCCUAACUACAAGUUACGAAUCGAAGGAAUGCUACUGAAGGAAGAAUUUAAAGCGAAUUUAAUAUACUUGGAGCCAAACAUCAACGCAAUGCUGUACGCGGGUGAAGAUCUGAUCAACAACAAAGCGCUGCAGGAGGUGCUGUACAUGGUGGUGGUCGCCGGCAAUUUCCUUAAUUCGGGCGGCUACGCGGGCAACGCAGCCGGGGUUAAGCUGUCCUCGCUGCAGAAGCUCACCGACAUCCGGGCGAACAAGCCGGGCAUGAACCUGAUCCACUUUGUGGCGCUGCAGGCCGAGAAGAAGAACUGCGAGCUGCUCGAGUUCCCCGGCCAGAUGUCGACGCUGGAGAAUGCCGCCAAGACGACGGUGGAGCAAAUCAGCAACGAAAUCAACGCCAUCGAUACGAGAAUUAAGAAGAUCAAGCGCCAGAUUGAGUUACCGAAGACCGAAGAGGACAUCAAGUACCAGAUGGUGGACUUUAUCAACGCCUCCGAGCGGGACAUCGUGAUGCUACAGAGGGGACUGAAGGAGCUGGAAGCGAUGCGACUCCAGCUGGCGGACUUUUUCUGCGAGGACGUGGGCAGCUUCAAGAUGGAGGAGUGCUUCAAGAUAUUCCACAACUUUUGCGAAAAGUUCCAGCAAGCGGUCAAGGACAACGAGAAGCGUCGGGUGCAGGAGGAACAGGCGUUGGUAAGGCGGAAGCAACGAGAGGAGCAGCUGGCACUGAAGCGGAGGCAAUCGAAUCAACAACCCGGAACUCCGGUGUCGGACUCGGAAAACAGUCUACUCCUGCUGGAUCCUUCCCAGUACGACAUGCGGUACAGUCCGGCCAUGUCCCGGCGGCGGAUAGGAUCGUUCACCAGCAACGGAGAGCCGGUCAUGCUGCGGGAAGACUGUGCCUCCCCGGACAUCACUCCGAACGGAAGUCUGCGCCGGCGAAGAAGUCGGGUGCUGUCCGAGGAGGACGAAGGUAAUCUCAUGGACUUUCUGCGCUCGUCCGGCCACGAAAACGGAAGCCGCGAGCGCAAGUCCGUAUCGUCGUACGGGGGCAGCCUGGACCGAUCGUGGGCACGUCGAGCGCGCUCGGGCAGCGGUAGCAAGAAGCGUCCGGAUCUACUGAACGUAGACUUUGGCACGGACCGGGAGCGGCCCAGUUCGCCGUCGCCGUUGGCCGAAUCGAAGCCACUGCCGGUGGAAGAAAACAAACCGAGAAUUUCCAGGGAAUGGCGCCAAAAGAUCGAGUCGUGGCUUCAGGCAAACGAGGCGGACGAAAAGCAGAACGACGACUUCAAGAAGAAGCGAAAGCUGCUCUCGGCAAACCGACGAUCGUACGAGACUGACAACGAGAGCGAUCGCGGCGGUAGCAAGCUGGACCCGCUGCCGGAGGAGAAACCACCCACGAUGACCUCACCCGAGCAACAGCCCGCGUCCGGACUGGCGACGACAAGCUACAAGCGUGUCUACCAAGACUGGAAGCCGUCCAGUGCACUUGAGAAGACUGAUGUGGUGGGCACGAUGGAAGCAAUUGCAGAUGCCGUCCCGACCUCCCCGGACAAGUCCGCGUGGCGCAAGUCUAGUCUCAACAGCCAGGAAGAUCUGGACGCACGUCGUUACCGAAGACAGCGAUCGCGUGAGAACACCGCGCCCAGCUCGAACCUGCAGUCGAUCCUGGAGGAGGACAAACGCAAGUCCGUAAUCCAAGCUCUAGGCGAACGACCCCCAUCCGAUCGGCUCCAGAUCUACAUCCGUCGCGGCUCGGACAAUGGAUCCCAACCGGAGAGCACAGUCACCUCACCAAAGCAGCCAACCAGCGGCGAAGAGAACAAACAGUCCAUCUACAUUCGCCAGACCGGCAACGAUCACCAACAAGCCACCAAGCCAAAGUCCAGCUCAGCGCAAACGGCUGAGAAGCAAUCCUCGAUCUACAUCCGACCAACCAGCGAUAAUACUCCGUCCACAACCAUCUCCUCGGUCAACUCAUCCUGCACCAGCACCAGCAGCAACAACCAACUGCCGGAAGCCGCGGGAGGAGUGGUGGCGCCACCUCCCCGAAGGGCACGCCGUACGCACCACAUCUACGACGAAAAGACCAACAACAAGAUCGAGAUCGAUUCCGACAACAUCGAAACGCCGCCCUCGAUACGAAAGAGCUUCAGCCGCGAUCGCGACCAAACCGUAAGUUCGGCCAACUCCUGUCGCAAGAUCCACGACACCAAGAGCUCGGAAUCCGACGCCAAGACUGCUGCGCAACCAAAUGGCCAAACCGAGCAGGAAGUGCUUGGCGAUGGCCAGUUCGAUCGGUUCUCGCUGACACGCCGAACGCGACGCUUCAAACGACCCGUCGACAUGAGCAGUGGCAACGAGACUACCUCACCGGAAUCGCUGCCGGAUAAUCCACUGCUCGCGUCGUCCUCGGAUGUGCCAACCGUACGAAGUCCCGUCGUGGCGGCCGUCGCGGAGAUUGAAUCUACCGAGAAGCAAAAGGAGCUCAGGCUGAAGCGUUGGCAGGACAAGCUGAACAAUCCCAGUGCGAGCGACGAUCGAGGAAAGGGAUCGGAAGCGCUGGCACGAGCGGCUCGGACCGGCAGGAAUUUGAGUCGAAUUAGCCAGGAAGAUGUGCGGAAGGCGAUCCGAAGUUUGAAGUCGCCAACGCCCGAGCGAAGCUGGAGUCCGCCGAAGGAGAUUGGCACCGUUAAGCUGAUCACGCACGAACUCAACGACGAAGGGUUCGAAGAAACGCAAAGCCUCGUUUCGGACACUCCGUCCCACGGGAAGGACAGUACGUCGUCGUGCAACGAUUACGGCUCGGACUCGAAGAACAACACCAAUACCAAAAAGGUCGUCAAAUCCGUCGAGAGUAGCCCGAAGAGGCAACUUCCGGUUCGGGGUGGUUCGACCCUUCCGAGCAUCCUCAUCACCAAGAACCAAUCCGCAUUGGAGCGCAGCAAAUCGCUGAGGGGAACUCCGCCCUCUCUAGUCAACAAGAAUCUGUUACCACGUCGAACGAGUUCGAUGCGAAAGUCCGAAUCGCCGCUGGCCGGCGGCACGAGCUCACCGGCUGCCAAGUUACAGCACCAGCUGGACGUCGAGCGAAGCAACUCCCGCACAUCGCUCCGAUCGUCCCGUUCAUCCCUCAGCAGUGCCGUUUCGACCAACACCGUUAAAAAGGUGCCACUGCGUCCAAAGUCAUCCCCGCUGACCACCGGCACUUCCGGUAGCACCCUCUCCGCCCUGCCCACGUCCUCCCUGUCCCUGCACAGUUCCCCCACAAAGAGGCCACUCAGCGCCAACAGCACGCGAACCCCGCUCUCCUCCGGAACGCCGGCCAGCCGAAGCAGCUCCAGUGGUUCGAGCAUAGGCCCGAGCGCGGUCAUCGCUGCCGCCAAGAAGCCACCCCUCAAAACCGCCAUCGGACCGAGCACUAGCUUUAAAGAAAACCAAAAUCAAAACACCGUUCGCAGCCGGCUGCAGAGCAAAACGCCCAGUAACACUAGCAUAGCCAACUCCGGCGGCGGAGCGUCCUCGACGUCGAGUGGGUCCACCGCGAGAACGAGCUUGACGUCCCGGACGGCUCCGGCGGCAAACGCCGCGUCGCGAACCGGUGGCUUUAUGCGACCCACGACUUCCAGUGCCACGAAAGUUAAAGGAAAGUGAGGAUUUUUUCCAGCAGCCAUAUUUGUUUUACGUUUUCCGAGCAGUUUUCUAGGAAAUUUUCCAUCUUUUUUGUACUUUAUCACGUAUACUUGAUGUCACUGGUUCCAAAUCUGGCUCCGCAUCGGUUAGUCGAUUGACUUAUUUUAGAAUUUGACGUUUGCAGUGGGUGCCGAAAAAUGUGGUUAUGUUACGGCUUACUUACGUCAAUGUUCGAACGCGUCGUUGCGUCACAAAUUGGUCGGCGGUGAAAUUAUGACGGCGGAAUUAGUGGACUGUAAUCACUGUCUUUUAGGGACACGUUCAACUUUCACUUAUUUUAAAUUCUAGCACGAAUGAACGAAAACUUCCGCACUGCACGCGGCCGCGAAGCGAAUGCGAAAUUUUUUGACAGUUCCACCCUUUGUGUUUUGUUUCCAUCAGGUUGGUAGCGCAGCGUGCACGCUGCAUGCAACUUUCUGACUUUUGGGUUAAAAUCUAACUUCUCGUACUCGGCUCAAAAAUUAGGACGCGUUUAAGUGUUUAAAAAGAUGGAAAAUGUCUUGAUUGAAAAACUGCUCUUUUCUCAACAAUUUCACCAGCGAAAAAAAUUACAAAAUUUCAUCCCGCAACAGUGCCGGACCGGCCUGCAUUCAGAAGCAAUAUCUCCGUCCAUUUAAUUUGUACUGACCCCUUUCUUAGCUCUUUUUACUCAAUUCUAACUAGAAGAAAUCAAGGUCCGGCCACGUUUACAAAGCGGCUUAAACUAAUCAAAUAGUAAAACGAAAAAAAAACGUUUCGACGCGCACAUUUUUCGAAUAAUUUACAAGAAAUCAAACUCGCUCGCAAAGCACAAGCAUCUUCGGAGAAGGAAACAAACAAACAAAAAACUGUAAGCGAAAUGUUAGAAUAUUUAUAUAUUUGGUAUAUUAAGCUGUUGUUUAGAGCUCAGUGAAAAAAAAAACGAGUGCACGCAUGUUAGUGACAUCUGAAACAGUAUUUAACUUAUAUUUGAAUCGCAUCGUUACAAGUCAGCCGUUUAAUCGAAAUAUCUUGAAUAAGAAAACCCACGUAAGCUUUCGUGAGCAAAAUAUACAGUUGACUUAAAGCGCAAACGUGUAUGCUAAACAAUUAUUAAAACACUACACAACACACACAACUAUUUAACGUUAGAAACUCAAAGUAUUUAUUUACAAAAAGCGCUUUUACAUUCACGAAAUGUUCGGUUACGUGAAGCGGGAAAGUCGCACACGCGUGUUGGUAGAAAAUGGCGCGAGCGCACAAAAAGAAAAAUUAAGAAACCAAGGCUCGUCAAUGUGACUAAACACACCAGUUAGUUUGUAUAUCUAAUAAGUUGAAGCUAAAAAGCGGUGCAAUCGUUUGAAACAUCUCCUUUAACUCUCUUUCUCUCUAUUAAUUAUGCUUUAUUGGAUGUCCUUCUAGUAUAAUCGGAAAACAAGAGCAGACAAAAAAAAGUUCGUUACAAAAAAGACUCGCGACGAGCAGCAGUAUAUCGUAUAUAUAUAUUAAAUUAUUUAGAAUCGAAAGUAACUCUAAUGCUAAGCAAUUGUUCGAUGGUACUACCGGAAGCAAAAGAAGAAGAAGAAAACAAACGUAACGUGUAACGUUCAUAAAUAGCUGUUAGAAACAGUUGAAACUUCCCCCAUUCACACAACCAAGUAGAUAGGUUUACGACUAAAAAUAAGCGAAAUCUAAACCAGCCAGACAGACAUCUACACAAAAUGCGUAUCGAUCCCCAAGUUAUGAUAAAUGCCUAGAAUAGACUAACUCAUUCCUUCCAAACUAACGACAAACGUCAUGUAAAUUGUUUUUUUUUUUUCUAUAGAAUAUAAAAUGUAUCUGGUUUCGGAAAAAGCGACAUUUAAAUUUAAAAAAAUAUUUUUGGGUAUAAAGUAAACAAAAAAAAACAUUCGGAAAUAAAACCUUUUGGCGAAAAAUAAUCUAAAUUUCAAUCGAACUGAACAAAUCGAUAUUAGUUAUUGAGAUAUACUAACUCACAAACAAAUACUACUAACAGUAUAGUCGAGAAGGGAUCGUCGAGGGUGUGAACGGUCCGGAGUGGUGCGGAAGAGAAAAAAAAAAACAAUAACAACCAUGUUACUGGGACAAGUUAGGCAACAAUAAACAGACAGACACAACAGAACAAUAUGUUUCAUGAGAUUGUAUAAAUUUUAGUAAUUGAAAUACACUUUUUUACGACGAUACUAUGGUCA